AAAAAAUAUUAAAUAACGCAAGAAUCUUCUACUGGCCUGAGCCUUUGAUAUGUACCCAUCAAUACAUAUUUGGACUACUACUGUACAAUUACCUCAAUUGUACUUCACCCUACAGCAAUAUUUAGCACCACACAUUCACAAAUAUACAUGUUCAAUUAGCUAGCUAUAUAACUAGCUAGAGAGCACAAUGGCUAAAAAUAAUUACUUAAGUACACAAUAGCCCAACAGCCCAUACAAAAAGGUUAAAGAGAGUAAGAAAAGAAAAUGGUCAAGGAGAGCAAAGGCCAUGCCAUAAUGAUCUCAGUCCCAUACCAAGGACACAUUAACCCCUUCACAAAUCUUGCCCUCAAGCUUGCCUCCAAGGGCUUUACCAUAACUUUCGCUCAUCUCGAAUUUGUUGACCAACGAUUGUCCAAAUCCCACACCAACACUAACGGCAACACUAAAGCCGAUCCCUUUUCCAAAUCCCGAGAGUCGGGACUCGACAUUCGCUACACGACUAUUACUGAUGGUUUGCCUUUGGAAUACGAUCGGGAGCUCCACUUUGUGGAGUAUUGGAAUACCAUAUUGCGCGAUUUCAUGGGCCAUGUUGACGAAUUUGUCGGGAAAAUGUUUCGAUCCGACCCGAACGCAACGUAUUUCUUGGUAACCGACACUAUCUAUCCGUGGGCUUCAAUCAUUGCCGAGAAGUACGGUAUUGUGAGCGUCUCGUUUUGGACUCAACCGGCCUUGGUGUUCACCACGGGUUAUCAUUGGAACCUUCUCACUGAAAGGGGUCAUUUACCAUAUCAAGAUAAAUUUGAGGAAAUAGAUUAUAUCCCGGGAGUGAAGUCGAUACACACGAAUGAUUUGGCGUCAUAUGUUAAGGACCCGGUAGAAAGUGUAUUCUACAAGGUUUUAUCUCCGGCAUUCGAGCGAGUGAAGAAAGCUGAUUUUAUUUUACACAACACCGUCGAAGAAUUAGAACCGGACGUACUAUCAGCUCUCAACCAAUACCAGCCCAACUACGCAAUUGGCCCGAUCAAUUUCUCGGUAAAAAACGCCAUUAGCAAGAGCUUAUGGUCCGAGUCCGACUGCACCCGAUGGCUCGAGUCCAAGUCCCCUGGCUCGGUUCUUUACGUCUCGUUCGGUAGCUUUGUUCACACUAGCAAGGAGAUUAUCGACGAAAUAGCGUAUGGGCUUCUUUUAAGUGGAGUGGACUUCAUAUGGGUUGUUCGUGAACGUAUACUCGAUACUCUUGAUGAUAAGGUUUUGCCUGUUGGGUUCGAAAACGAGGUUAAGGAUAAAGGGUUAGUGGUCUCGUGGUGUGACCAAAUUAGAGUUCUUUCUGACCCUGCGGUCGGGGGAUUUUUCACGCACUGCGGGUGGAAUUCGACUAUGGAGAGCAUAUGGUGUGGGGUGCCCAUGAUUUGUUACCCGGUCGCAUUUGAUCAAGUUACUAAUAGGAAGCUCGUGGUCGAUGAUUGGAAAAUCGGGAUUAAUCUAUGUGAUCACGGGUUAUCGGUUGAUAGGAAUGUGGUUGCCGAAAGGAUAAAGGCCUUAAUGUGCGAGGGUUCCGUCUCGAAGAGUUUGAAGGUGGACUCGGGAAAAUUGAAGUUGGCGAUGCGCAAGGCGUUGGAAGUUGAUGGGUCGUCGGAGAGGAAUUUCGACCGGUUUGUGAAUGAUUUGGAGGGUAAAUUGCAUGGUGGCAAAAAGAUUUGGUAAUCAGAUAGACGAAAUGGAAGGGGUAAUUAAUGAAUGUUAUGUAUGAUUGAUGAUUAUAUGUCCAUGAAUUAGGAUUGGUUUCUUGAAAAUGUGUUGUAUUGUAUUGUCAUCUCAUGAAGGACUAUGUACGACAGUUGUGUGUUCAUUGUUUUUUUUAUUUUUGUUUUUUAAAUCCAAAGCAAAUGCUAUUGUAAUUCACAUGCUUGGAAAAUGGUAUUUUUUUUUUCGAAAUGAUAG